UCGGAUAUGUAUCACGCUGACGUGGGCGACAAGCGUCCGUUAGAUUCUCUUCCACUAUCGGCGUACAGGAUGGGCCUACAGCGGACGGCUGGGACGCGACACGUGUCACCGCAAAAGUCCACUGCCGAGGCAUCUCAGCCGUCCGAUUGCCGUCAGCCGGCGGUGGCCAUGGCCAUGGCCAUGGCUUCUCCCCGCGAUUCGAGCUUUAGGGUUCUCUCCGGAGCUCUCGAUUCCUUCCCUAGAGAGGCGCUGGAGAAAGAGGAAGAGAUGUUUGAUCUGAAUGAGCCGGCGGAUGAGCCGCUAGCGCCAGAGGCAUCGGCGGCUCGCGCCGCGGCUGCCGAGGAGCAAGAUCGAAAGGAGAAAGAUCUAUCGCCAGCGCGAGAGGUCGACAAGGAGGAGGAAGAGGAGGGCGCUUGCUCGGGAUUGUCACUUCUAGCGCACACGGUGGAGCAGUGGAAGCCAAUAAAGAGGGCUUUGGAAGAAGAGGCGCAAGAACAAGGCGCCGCGCCGGAGAUCCAAGCGAGUCAAGAAGAGAUUCAGCUGGAGAAGCCCGGCAGCGAAUGUAGGGGCUUGCUUCCAGCCUCACCCAGCGAGGAAAACGAUGAUGAUCUAAAUGCCAAGCAGUGGCGCCUCUCCUCCUCCGCCACCAUCGCCACCGCCGCCGCCAAGGAGCAGCAGCGAUCCGCGUCGUGGCCCAGAUCCCAGCGGCCGGCGGCGCCGGCGCUGGUUAGAUCUACGAGCUUCCAGAUGUUGUUUCGCGACGAGAGGACGGACGACAAUGCCGUAGACUCGAACGGCCGCGCGGGCGUGGGGGAAGAGGAAGAACCCAAGAACACCACCGCGCCAGGAAACUUAUGUGAGUUCUUCCCGAUCGAGAACGAUCAUCCCAGCGACAACGCGACGAAGAACACCACAGACUUAGAGGUAUCUCAUGACAAGCUUUGCUCUUCGAUCGAUCUUAUCGAUGCUCGAGAGGAGAAAACUUCGAUUACCACCUUGGAGGAGAGCUCGCCCGCUCCUCCUCCUCCUCUUACUGCCGAGGAUUCGACCAUCAGCACCACCAUCGCCACCAAGAACAACAACGCCAGUAGCGAGACCAUGAUCCACCACGAUCACUCUGACCCCCUCGACGACUCGAAAUUCGUGAGUGUGAUCUGGCAAGGACAGAUUAACUUCCAAGAUGUUAAAGUCCCUAGCAUGGUGGCCGCAUGCUCCAGGGGAUGGCAACACGUCUUUAAGAACCGGAAGGUGGCGGAUGAUCUCACCGUGCAACGCUGCCCCAGUACCGACAAAUUUCUGGGAGCUGUGAAGGAGUACGUAGCCGAGCCCGGUGUCAAAGUGACGCAAAGAUCACCCGGCGCGUCGUCUCCGAAUCUGAACAAGCUGGUGGAAUUCCUUGUUGGUGGUGGCACGGGAAAUGAUCCCGGCCUAUCACUUAAAGGUCCUUUGGUCGCGGUGGUACCUCUCCACGACGAAGAUAAAGUGUGGCUUGCGGACCUCUACCUUGUCCCUGCGUCGGCGCUCAGCGAGGCCGAGCCAGGAGAGCUGAGCUCGUCCGACGAGGAUUUCCUCUACGGCUUCGUCUCACUCUCUCCGGCCGGGGAUGGCGACGACGAGUCUUUCGCUUGGCUCAAGGAUGGAGCAUCGAAUAUCGAUGACGAGCCAGUCACUAGCAGUAAGAAGGACGUUUUAGUGGAAGACAAACCACCUUCAGCUCCAAAUGUGGAUUUAUCUGGAGAUAGCAAGCACCAGCAGCAGGACUUGGAGGAAGGACAAUUGGUUAGCGAGGAUCAAGGUGGAAAAGAAGCGGCGGCCUAUGCAAGCUACGAUAGAAGGAAAAGAUAUGGCGAGGACGAGAAGAAAUCCAAAUCCAAUGGUGGUGAGGCAGAGGGGAAGGCAAGGGAUAGGCACCGGCACAGGGACCACGAGAGGGACAAGGAGCAGGACAGGGAACGGUUACCACGUCGUGAUCGGGACCGUGAGGCGGACCAUCGGGACCGAGACACCCGAGACAACAGAGAGAGUGUUUAUGCGAGGAGAAGUGGCAACUACGAUUAUCUCCCGCGACUAGACACCAGCAAAGGUGGUCGCCAUCGCGAUGGUGACAAGGACCGGGGCCCGCACACCUGGGAGAAUGGUGGCCGGGGAGGACAGAGUGGCAGGGAGAGAGUGAGGAGCCGGUCCAAGGAGAGGGAGAAGGAGCGAGAGCGUCUUCCUCCUCCUCCGCCUCCUCUUCCUCCGGUGGAGAAGAACGCCAAGGAUGCGAGAGGGAAGAAGGUGACGGUGGUGGAACCGAGUAAGAAGCAUGAGGCUUUUGAUAAGAAGAAGAGGGAGAGGUCGCCGGACUAUAAAGGCAGCAAUGGGAAGCGCUUGAAGGAGGCGGAGGCGGAUAAGCACGACGAUGGUAGAGCGGGGCGGAAGGGUCGGGCGGAGGUAGAUGGUGACUAUCCGUUGGCGAAAAUGCAAGGGAAAGAGAAGGGAGAGGUGACGAAGCACCACCAUCAAGGCUCGGAGGAGCGAGCUGGUUCUAGUCCAGACCGAAAGGGAAAAGAGUAUACGAUAGUUACUGGAGAGGAUGAGAACGAGGCGUAUGCGGAGAUGUUUGUGAGAAGUUGUGAUCCCGACAUACGAACCUGGGUUCCAUCGGUACAAAACGCGAGACACUUGCGUGAGGAUUAUGGUGUCACUCUUCUGAUGGAUGUCAUGGAACCUCAGCAAGAAGCUCUGCAUCUUAAGUUAUCUUCGCGCAUCACGGAAAGUUGUCCUUCUGCGGAGGCCAGGUACUUCGUUCGGCGAGCCGCAGAAGCUUUGGGAGACGUUGUCCAGCGCGGUGUCUUCUCAAAGAUCUUGUGGUAUCCCGGACAGCUCGACCCCUUGUCAGUAGCUUCGGUGGUCCGGAAACUCCAAGGUGACGGCGAGGAGAUCAGCAGCAUAGACAGGAUCCAGGAGUCGACGAGUAUAAUGGUCGGUGUCGUCUUGGACGGUGACGCCAAAAAAUCUGCCAAGGUGGGACUCCGCCUGAGCAGUGCGAGGAAAAACGGUCUUGCACGGGCCACGAAGCAAACUCUGGAGCUGCUUGACCAAGUGGCGAUGGAGAUUGCUAAAGAGUCGAUACCGCCACCUGGAGAAAGCAAGGACGGGAAGCUCUCAAGGCGGCCACUCUACGUGACAAACUGCCCCGACUACGCAUCACCCCGCAUGCUCAAGGGGAUUUUCGAGAAUGUGUUGCGGGAGAGGGUGAAAAAGACCAGCGAGCUCCCUCCCGGCUUCGAGCAGUCGCCAGACAUGGUCUCGGACGUCAAGUACGCGUCGGAAGACAGCAACUCGUUCUUCGUGGAGUUUUCAAGCGACGAGCUGCUGGAAGCUACGCUGCAGAUCUACACGGCGGACAGGGACUUGUUCUGCGGGCUCAAGGUGGAGCUGCCAUCGCCAGCGGCCAUGAAAGUCUACGAUAUGCUAGUGGCGGAAGAUCAGCGAGGCAAAGCAGUAGCGGACAGGGACAGGGACGACUUUGGGACCGACUUGCUCGCGGAUGCCGGGCGGCGGAAAGUGAAGCCGCUCUACCUGACGGAGCUGGGGAAGUACACGAGCGCGGACCAAGUGAAGAAGCUGUUCGAGGAGGUGAUUGCAAGCCAUAUAAACCAGUCCCUGGACGGCAAGCUCGUCACGGCGAUCCGUCACGUACCGUCGCGGGGCUGCAUGUUUGUGGACUUGGCGACGCCGGAGCUGGUCGAGUACAUGCUGGACCUCCACAACCGGCACCCGGAGGAGUUCGGCCACAUGAAGAUGGAGCUGGGGCGGAGCAACGACGGGGUGGAAAAGAAGCGGAGCUUUGCAGCACUGGACAGGGCCCGGUCGGACCGAAACAUGUCCCCGACGCCUCGGCUGCCAAAACGGCGAGCUCCGGGUGGUGGUGACGAUGGUGACGAAGGUGAAGAUGGAUAUGGUGGCAGGAGGAAGCAGCGGUCGGACCCGGAGAAGACGGUGUACGCGGACCACCUCCCGGAGAACUCGUCCGACGCGGUCAUCCGGAAGAUCUUCCGGGCGGUGCUGCUGGAACACAUGACGAGCGAGCAGAAGGCGGAGCUAGGGGACGAGGUGGUGACGGAGGUGCGGCAUGUGAAGGCUAAGUACUGUGCGUUUGUUGUGUUCGUUUCAGAGGACCUGGCUCGCCUCGCCCUGGAGCUGUACAGCCGGGACGAGGAAAUCUUCGACCAUAUGCGGCUCAAGCCGCACUUCAACUCGAAGCUGGAAGACAUGUACAGGGAAGACGGGCACGAUCGAGACGACGAGCCAACGCCGCACAGCAGCAACAUCAACAACAACAACAGCAGCAGCAGCAGUGCUAUCGGUGCCACUAUCGCCACCGCCGCCGCCGCCGUCAGCAAGAGUGUUACUCCAGAGUUUGAUCUCCAAGACUCCCGGGGGAGGUCUAGAGGAGGAGGAGGAGGGAAUGGAGUUUUCAAGGAGGUUGACAGGAGGAGAUCGGUGUACGUGGAUAGGAUACCGGAUAAGUACCCGGAGACGGCGAUCAAGGAGGUGCUGGACAGGUUCCUGAGGCGCAAGGGGCGGGGCAGCCCGAGCUACGUGGUGUCGCACGUCUCCUUCUUCCGGGACAAGUAUGACUCGUCCAAGCUGUGCGCGUUUGUGGAGGUGCGGAACGAGGACGCUGUGCAGGACUUGCUGGAUUGCUACAACGCGGACGAGGGGGCGUUCGAGGGGAUGCGCAUCAGGCCAGCGGUCAAGUACUCGCACGGAUAGCCGUGAUCAAUCGGGCAAGAAGAGAGGAGCUCCCUCGGUGUAAUCAAGCAAAAAGACCACGGAUACGAUCGAAGUUUGAGCUGAAAACCUUGGAACUUAGAUCUGGUGAUGUUGUGUUUUC